UGCGUCACCCUUAGCGCUGCGUCAGUCUUUCCGCAGUUAAAUCUACGUGGCUCAACACAUAGCGGAAUCAGUUUCUUCAACAAGCUGAACUGUUUCUUCAUCUUUUGAUUUUCUAACACAGCCUUAAAUCAGGAUGGAUCAGAUUAUGCAGUUCGUGGAGCCCAGCAGGCAGUUCGUCAAGGACUCCAUCAGGCUCGUCAAAAGAUGCACGAAACCAGACAGUAAAGAAUUCCAAAAGAUUGCUAUGGCCACAGCAAUUGGAUUUGCCAUCAUGGGCUUCAUUGGAUUCUUUGUCAAACUCAUCCACAUCCCCAUCAACAACAUCAUUGUUGGUGGCUGAAUCAUCUCCAUUGUGAACCCAUACAGACCCUCGGCUGCCAGAAACUGUUUGAUGAGUUGAAUGCGAAAAUUUGUAAAAAUAGUUUUUUUCUUUUGUGUGUGUUGAAAUUUCUAUUUGGCUGUGUUAAUAAAUCAAAAGUUACACUA